AUGGCCAAGAGCAACGUGAUGGUGGUAGCUCUGCUCUGCAGCUACAUCGCGGUCACAACCGCUCAAACACCGGACAACCAAUGUUUCUGGAAGAACUCGGCGGGUAUCGUGUCGGAAUCGACGCAAGGAUGGCACGUGUGCAACAACACCAAGACGACAGCUACGGGAGCUUCGCUGUGUUGCUUGAAUGGCGCACAGUGUGGAGAAGACAGUAUCUGUCAUUUCCCCGGAGGAAGCCAGGGUGGGACGGGAUGGUUCUUGGGAGGUUGCACGGAUGGGAGUUAUAAUGAUCCUAUUUGCGCGAAGGCUUGUAGUAGGUCCACCUCACCCAAAGGUAAAGGUAGGAGGAAAGGCAAAACGUGUGCUGACCAUUCCAUUUUGCAGCCGACUUUGGAACUACGUGGAUCCAAUACAACAACAGCGAGCAACUAUGGCAUUGUUGUGGAAACGACGAUUGUGGACAACCGAAUACACCCUCGAAUGAGACUUUCCAGGCUGUGGCGCAGACGGCAUGGUCGGCUCUGCCUUCAACCGCAACGAGUACUGCUUCGACCGCGACGGCAACGGGCACGAACGGCGCAAGUCAGACAAGCAAUGCAAGCAGCAACAACGAUAGCGAUAACUCCAGCUCUGGCCUCAGCACAGGCGCGCAGGCUGGCAUUGGUGUAGGCGUAGCAGUUGGUGCCAUCGUCGUGAUAACCGCGUUUGCUUUCUGGUUCUUGCGGCGGAGGAAGAACAGCGGCGGCGCAGAAAGCAGUGCAGAGGUUCAAGGGAUGAUGUCGCACAAAGAUGAUGAGGAUUAUCAGUAUCAAGGCGUGGCGGCUCCUGCGUAUCCAGGCAAGCCACAGCCCAGAAAUAAUAAGGAUCCGAUUGAGAUGUCCCAGGAACAGCGAGUAGAGUUGGGUUCGGGACCAUCAGCACCGCAGGAAUUAGGAGCGACACAAGACCCAUCCGAGCUGCCGGGCGAUGAGAGAAGGUAG